AUGGAAGGAAACGUUGUUACAGAGCUGGAUCACAGAAUGGGAGAACUGAAGCUACUGGGAGUUUGGCCUAGUCCAUACGUUUACAGGAUCAUAUGGGCUUUAGAACUAAAGGACAAAAAGUAUGAGUACGUAGAAGGAGAAUUCCAUAACCCUGAUUUCACUGAUUUGUUAUUGAAGUAUAACCCUGUUUACAAAAAGGUUCCAGUCCUUCUUGUUGAUGGAAAGCCAAUCGCAGAAUCGACUGUCAUUCUUGAAUACAUAGAGGAAACAUGGCCACAGCCACCCUUGCUUCCACAGGACCCAUGUGAGAAGGCUGUGGCACGGUUUUGGGUGAGUUUUGCUGAAGAAAAGAGUACUUCGUUUAUGUCAUUCUUUGUGACUGUUGGAGAAGAGUUUCAGAAGGCAACACAAGAGGUUAGAGAAGUGCUGAAAGUAUUAGAAGAAACCAUUGGGGACAAAAAGUAUUUUGGUGGUGAAGAAAUUGGACUUUUGGACAUAAACUUGGGAUGGAUAGCCUUGUCAUUUGGAGUCAUUGAAGAUAUUGUUGGUGUAAAGGUGUUGGUAGCCGAUGAUUUUCCUCGCUUGUUUACUUGGAUUCAGAACUUCAGAGAGCACCCCUCUAUCAGAACACACCUUCCUAGUCAUCAUGAGUUGUUUGCUUAUUACAAGAAAAAGAGAGAGGCUAUUAUUCCAUCCAAUACAGCAUGA